AUUAUGCAACUGUCCUCCGCUCUCCGCUUUUAUGAACUGAACUUGGACCAAAUCUCCACUUUGUCUGACCUUUGCACUUUCUAAUUGCUAUGACCUCACUUUGGUUACUGCAGCAGUGUUUAAAGUCCAGCAGAGAGAGUAGUAUACGUGCCCUGUACCGAAGAUAGCCCAGCUCCAUUUCCCACCACACUGCGUGCCUAUGCAUUAGGGUUUCGGGAUCCUGGAUUUGUUUGGUCUGACUGCAAGAUGAAGCUAAUUGUCAAGAUGAUGGUUCUGUGCCUGGCUCUGAGUCUAGGAAGAUGUGAUGAAGAAAUAACCCCGGACAACACAGUCAACCAAGCACCGGCAGAGGAAUCGUCCUCAGCAGACUGGGGCAUUGGGAGCCUCCGAAAUGGCUUUGAAACUGUUAAUAGCUAUUUUGAUUCUUUUUUAGAGCUGUUAGGAGGAAAAAAUGGGGUUUGUCAGUACAGAUGUAGAUAUGGGAAGGCUCCAAUGCCAAGACCAAACUACAAGCCACAGGAGCCCAAUGGCUGCAGUUCCUACUUCCUGGGUCUCAAGGUACCAGAAAGUUUGGAUUUAGGCAUCCCUGCCAUGACUAAAUGCUGUAACCAGCUGGAUGUUUGUUAUGACACCUGCGGAGCCAACAAAUACCGCUGUGAUGCCAAGUUCCGCUGGUGCCUCCACUCCAUCUGCUCAGACCUCAAACGGAGCCUGGGUUUCGUCUCCAAAGUUGAAGCAUGCGAAUCUGUAGCAGAUACAGUGUUUAACACUGUCUGGACUCUGGGCUGCCGACCCUUCAUGAACAGCCAAAGAAGUGCCUGCAUUUGUAAUGAGGAGGAAAAAGAGGAACUCUGAAGAGCCAAGCCCUCUGACCAUAGGUGACCUAGACUUCACUUGGCUUGCUAAAGAGCUGUAUUUGAGAGGAGACAUUUUCCAUCAGCUCUCUGAACUGGAGAACAGGGCAGGAGGAGCGGCUUUGUGGACUGUGUAUAAUGUAUUGGUUACCGUUCUGGGGUGCAGUUGGGGCAGUGACAACUAUUGCCCACCUCACAUCCAAUCUCACAGCCCCAUCUCUUUCCAGUGUAUCACUGUAGGGUAUUUUAAUGCCAACAUUCCAAUGAAAGCAAUUAAGAUGUGCAAACAGAAUACAGUGCAGACAGUACUAGGGUAAUUUCUGCAACAGAUAAGUAUGUAACAACUUCCCCCUUCCCCUCCCUGAAUCUCUGUUGCACCCUCCCAUUAGCCAACAAAAUUCCAGUCACUAGUUACAUUUUUUAAUUAAUUAUUAAAAAACAGGAGAUUGGCUGAAUCAUUCCCCUCUCGCCGCCCCCCUGCCCCCAAAUAUUGUGGCUCAGCCUAUUCUGGGGUUCUGGUUCAGAUCCAUGUAUUUACACACAAACUACCCCACUUAUCUGAAAUAUUUAGAGGUUCCCCAAACCAUUUGGAUAACCAAGGAUUUUUGUUAGUUAAGAGAUUGAUUUAUGGCUGGGGACAUGACCAAAUAUUAGCUUAGAGGGGUUUUGGGUAGUUCUGAUGCAUGUGUCCACAGAAAGAAAGAAUGGGACGAAGACCAUUCACGCCCAAGUAGACAAAGCAACCUUGUGUACUGUUAGGACUCCGCCCAUAAUUUCACAGCAGAGAAAUAAGCUUCUCCCGCCCCACUCCCGCAGUCCCAUCCAGCUCUAUCAAUUUAUUUUUCUUCCUUCACCAUUUAAGACCAAAGGGAAAAAUUACAUUAGUAGAAGGUGCUUACUGAAGACCAGUGUCAUUUGAAGGGGAAGGGAAGGAGUGCAAGAGGCAAAGAGUUGCAUUUGAUGGGACUUUUAGAAGCCUUCAGGCACAUGAAGGCAUAUUUGUAGAAUGGUGCGACAUGGGCUAUUUGGUUUCACUCCUUUCUUCUGGGUAGCAACAUGACUAAGAGAUUGACAAUCCCAGCUGAUAUUUACUUUUUUUCAAAUAUGUUUAAAAUCUAAAUCUGUUAAAAGAUUUUCUUACAGAUUUUAAAAACUGCUUUCCGCCUCCCAUGAAUUUUGUUGCUGCUGCUGCAAGGGAGUUUCUAUCAAGGUGUGUGUAACAUGGAAGAUAGAUUGACCCUAUCACAUGCCUUUAUAUACUCUCCCUGUCUUCCAUUCACUUUCACACACUGCACAAAGGGAAGUUACAACACUUUGUUUUGGGACAGAUUCUGUUUCAGCUGUUUUACCUUUCUGGAAUGUAUGUUUAAAUUGAUACAUUAAACUCCUGUCCCUGUUUUUGCCAGCACCUUGGAAAGUGUUGCACAAAUCUGACCCAUAUGGUCUGCAGCAACAGCAAAAUCUGAGACUAAUAAAAAGUGAUCACAAUGUGUGGGUUUUCCCCA